AUGAAAGAUUGUGCACAACUGGCUGGAAUUGGAAAAGACAAGCGAAUAACAAAUCACAGCGCUCGAAAAACACUUGUUCAAAAACUACAAGACAACAAUGUUCCUCCAACCCAAAUCGUACAAAUAACCGGUCACAAAAAUUUGCAGUCAGUUAACAAUUAUAGUUCAUUGAGAGAACAACAACAACAAGACAUUUCUUCGAUCUUGUCUUCGGUGCCGAAUGUGGGUAACGCACGAUCGUCGCUCUCUUCGCAGGAGACCAUUUCGUUCAGUGUGAAGCAAGAUGCUAUUAAUCCAUCCUCGUCGCUUUUUCAGGGCAAUUCCAUCACAGGGGGCACGUUUAAUAUCCACAUAUCUAGCGCUUCGUCUUCUGCGUCGAACACAAUGAUAGGCGCUAGUCCGAAAGCUAAGAAACUACGACGACUGUUACCUCUUGAAAGUGAUAGCAGUCAAGAUGACAGCCAGGAAAAAUGA